GAAAUCAAAAACACAUGCAAAUGUACAUAACUUACGUUUUAAGCAUCUCAAUAUUGAACUCAUCUGCUUAAUCUCUCUCAGUUUUAAGCUAUGCAUAUGCCUGUAAUUAGCUUCUCAUAUUAUUCCAUCUCCUCCUCCUCUCUCUAUCCCUACAACAAUGGCUAACGAAAAACAAAAAUUUCAGUCAAAACCUUUAACAAACACCUGCUUAAAACUAACCCAUGUCCUCCAUUUCCUUUUCUUUGUCAUCGGCUUGUCGUUUGGGAUGAUAACUUGUUCUUACUUCAAGAAUUUCCUAACCUUCCCCUUCACGAAUUCACAGUUCAUCAAUGUCUACUCUCUGUCUUCCUUUUCUUCUUCUUCUCCACCGCCGCUUCUGCCGCCACCCCCGUCACCGGAGUCAUCAUUAGCUAGUAGUAAUAGUAGUGCUGCUUUAAUUAAACAGAAAGAAUAUUCAGUGAUGCACGAUAUGAGCGACGAUGAACUGCUAUCAAAGGCGUGUAAUGUUUCAGUUUCUGUUCAAGAAAAUAAUUCUGAUGAUCAUAAGAUUGUUCCGAAAUUGGCUUUUAUGUUCUUGACUUAUGGACCGCUUCCGUUGGCGGAGCUGUGGGAGAAGUAUUUUAAAGGACAUGAGGGUUUUUUCUCCAUAUAUGUGCAUCCACAUCCUUCAUACAAUGAUUCAUGGCCUGAAACUUCUGUCUUCUUUGGUAGAAGAAUUCCAAGCCAGGCAGUUAUAUGGGGAACAGGAACAAUGAUAGCUGCAGAGAGACGGUUAUUAGCAAAUGCUCUCCUUGACAUCUCCAAUCAAAGAUUUAUAUUAUUGUCUGAAUCUUGCAUUCCUUUAGUAAACUUCAAAACAACCUAUGACUACCUCAUGAACUCAACUCUAAGCUUUGUCCAAUCAUACGAUGAUCCGAAAAAGCGAGGCCGUGGUCGGUAUAACCACACAAUGUCGCCUACAAUCAACGUAACAAAUUGGCGAAAAGGGUCGCAAUGGUUUGAAGUGCGCCGUGACCUUGCCGUUCACAUUAUUUCCGAUCAAUUAUAUUAUAAAGUUUUUCAAGAUCAUUGUUUUCCACCGUGCUACAUGGAUGAACAUUAUAUCGCAACAUUAGUUAACAUGCUUUAUCCAGAAAUUAAUUCAAAUCGAACCAUUACGUGGGUCGAUUGGUCGAGAGGAGGUCCCCAUCCGGUGAAAUUCGGAAGGAAUUAUAUUACGGAUGAGUUCUUGAAUUCAAUUCGAUACGGAUCUGAAUGUGUGUAUGAUGGUAAAAAUACCACAUUGUGUUUUCUCUUUGCUAGAAAGUUUUUACCAAAUGCUUUGGAUCCUUUGUUAAGGAUUUCACCCUUGGUUCUUGGUUAUGACCCUUAACUAUGCUAGUUUUUAAUUUGAUGUUCAUGUAAUGUAGAUUAACUUUUAAAUUUAAUGUUAUACAAUUUUGACAUUGAA